AGCUUUUCUAAGGAGCAGCACAGUGGUUUGAUUCUGACUGAAUUGUUUUCCUCUUGCUUUGCAGAUAUGACCUUGACAAUGCAUCAACAGUGACAUGGUUUACUCUUUCUGGGUUUGAUGAGAUGAUGGAACACAGAGCCACGUUCUUCUCUCUAACUUUACUGUGUUACUGUGUGAUUAUACUAGUAAAUUUUGCUCUCAUUUUGACGAUAGUCCUGGAUGAAAACCUCCAUGAGCCCAUGUACAUCUUCCUGUGUAACUUGUGCAUCAGUGGCCUGUUUGGGACUUCAGGAUUCUACCCCAAGUUUCUUCUGGAUCUACUGUCUUAUCUGCAGGUUAUCUCUUAUGCAGGAUGUUUGAUCCAAACUUUUGUCAUUUAUUCUUCUGCCUGUAGUGAUUUUUCAAUUCUAGCAGUGAUGGCAUAUGACAGGUAUGUGGCAAUCUGUAGACCACUGGAGUAUCACUCUGUUAUGACCAGGCAAAGGGUUGCUUGGUUAGUCUCUUAUCCCUGGCUCUCUACAUUCUUUUUAAUAGAUGUACAAUGUAUUUUAACAAUUAAACUGAGGUUGUGUGGAUCACAUAUAGAGAAGCUCUACUGUGCAAACUGGCCGAUAGUUAAACUCUCUUGCAGUUCAACAUCAGCAAGCAAUAUAAUAGGAUUCAUAAUUAUAGUUUUCUAUCUCUGGCAUAUACUUUUUAUUAUGUGUUCUUAUGUAUAUAUUAUCAGGUCGUGUUUGAAAUCUAUUCAGAAUAGGGGAAGGUUUAUGCAGACCUGCAUGCCACAUUUACUGUCGUUGAUGAAUGUAACAGUUGCUCUGUUGUUUGAUGUUCUGUACAGUAGAUAUGGUUCGGCAGACACAUCACAAAACUUUAGGAACUUUAUGGCUUUACAAUUUUUAGUUGUUCCUCCCAUUCUGAAUCCGCUUAUUUAUGGUCUUAAACUCAAGCAGGUUAGAAACCAAAUUCUGAGUUUUUGUAUGACAAGUAAAAUAAAUAAGUAG